GGCGGCUGGUUGCUCCUCUGCUGUAGAGCGUUAGGCCGGGCGAGGGGCUUGGCGGCAGCGCUGGGGGCGGCAGCGCGCCGCUCACACUCAUGAGGAGCCGGAAGCUCGCAGGUGGAGUGCGGUCCUCAGCACGUCUAAGAGCCCGAAGUUGCUCAGCCAGGUUGGCCUCUGCUCAGGAAGUCAACAUCACCACGUCUGCCAGGACAGUAUGUCAGACUCCCUUGUCACACAAAGCCGCCGACAGGCGAACCUCCAAGAAGUUCAAGUAUGACAAAGGUCAUCUUGUGAAAUCGGAAUUACAGAAACUGGUCCCUAAGAGCCAUAGCGCCGCUUUGUCCAAGGCCCCGCCUGAGAGCACCUGUGAGAACGAGCCUCGGGGUUUUGCCGAGGCCGGCGCCUUGUGUCCCGGAGAGGAAGCCCGUGUUUCCGUGCAGCAGGAGACUGCAGGCUUUCCCCUUGGUCACUGCAGAGUCAUGAGUGACGCCUGCUCACCAGAGACUGGAAAGGGCCUGUCCCUGCCGAAGCACAGCACCCUCGCAGGAGAAGAAUCGAACAGCAGCUCCACCGUGCGGGAAGAGGCAGCGCUGGAGACGGAGCAAGUCCAAACGCCUCCUCUUCAGAUGGACAACAGCGUCUUUCUAGACGACGACAGCAAUCAGCCGAUGCCAGUGAGUCGAUUCUUUGGAAACGUGGAGCUCAUGCAGGACCUUCCACCAGCGUCUUCAUCUUGUCCUUCAAUGAGCAGACGAGAAUUCAGGAAGAUGCAUUUCAGAGCCAAAGACGAUGACGAUGAUGAUGAUGAUGCAGAAAUGUAGACAAUAAAAUAUCCACGAUGAUUUCUUUGCAUAUUUAGUAUAGUUAACAGUGUGACAAUUGAGCAAAUUAUGGGAUUUAUAUAAAUCCCAAAUUUAUCUUCAAGAGAACAUGUUCUUAAGCCAACUUCAAACUAACUCAUAAAAGUCAAUAAUAGUGCAGGGCCAGCCCUGGUGGCCUAGUGGUUAAGUUCGGUGUGCUCCACUUUGGCAGCCCGGGUUCAGUUCUUGGGCGAGGAUCUACACCACUCGUCAGUGGCCACGCUCUGAUGGUGGCUCACAUACAAAAUAGCGGAAGAUUGGCAACAGAUGUUAGCUCAGGGCAAAUCUUCCUCAGCAAAAAAAAAGUCAGUAGUGCGGAACACCAGAUACGUAUGGGGAGGUUUCCACAUGUGAACUAAAGCAAUCUUUGAGUUGAGUGUUAAGCUGCUGUCUCCACGUUGAUGUAUUUUCUUAUAUCUGUACAUAUAUGAUGAUGGUUUGAGUCCACUGAGGGAGCUUGGGGUUAAAUGAGAGAUAUCUUUGUAAAGAAAACUCUUCACUUAAGCUCUUUAGUUUUGAUAAUAUGCAAGUUUUCCAUUAUCAAAAUUUGAUCAUUCUUGUGAUUGAUUCAAUGCCCGUUCUUAAAGAACUCUCCUUUAUUUCUGUAUAUGGAGCUAAUGUUUACCUUGGAAAUUUUGCAAAAUACAUAUUGGAAAGAAAUAAAUAUAUUUUGAAAAUAUUUUU